CAAGGGAGUCUUUAAUUUGUUUAAAUUGUGAGACUGGAAACUACAGGAAAAAAAACCCAUGCAUUCUCGCGUUCUGCUUGUCUUUCUCUUAAGCAGGGUUUGGAAGUGCUUAAACCUGCAGCAUGAAGACUAUAUCACAAUAAGGCAAUAUCCUGACACAGCAUACAUCAAAUAUGGUACAUCUGCACUCCUUGCUUGUAUGUUUGACUUCCAGUUUCUCUCUCAUGCUGAAAUUGAAGUCUACUGGAAUCUGAAGCUGGUUCUAUUAAACGAUACCCGGAAGAAAAUAACCGUGUAUUCAAGCAUGUUACCUUUAAACACAACUGACAUAUUCUUAGAAAAGGCUGGUAAAUACAGAUCUGCAGGCAACAUUCAGAAGGGCAUAGUCUUCUUGGAAGUGAUGAACCUUCAGCCUCAAGACACUGGAGCAUACACCUGCAACGUGGCUCGCCUAAUGCCGCCUCCAUAUCUGGAAGGAAUCAGCAAUGAAACUUACCUGUGGGGAAUUGAAGAUAAGCUGGAAGCUUCUUUCAAGCCACUGGAAAGUCACUUUGUCAUCUGUAUAGGAGCGCUGGCAGUUUCUAUGAUCGUGUGCACCAUAAUUUGUAUAUGGGCUCGAAGAAAGUCUUCCCCAGAAAGAUCUCAAUCAAUGCCAACAACAGAAUCCAUGGUCUAUAUGGAUAUGAAUUUUGCAAAGCAAAAAACCAACAGUGAAGGGUGA